AAUCACACAUGUGAAUGACAUUGACAGCUUUGUUUUCCAGGAACUGCAAAAAGAAAAGUGAAUAAAAUCUUGGCAAUAGUUGUUAUUAACUGAACUUGGAUAUGGGUAGUCAACAAAGUCUUCUGAAAGAGCGUGGCUACACGUUUCUGAAAGAAGUUGUAACCAAAGAUACUGAGACAGCAGCUCUGGUGAAUAAAAAUGGGAGGAAAUACAUCAUCAAGACUAUUAAAACAACAAACAUGGACAAUGAAAUCAAGCAGAGAACACAGAGUGAAGUGGCCAGUCUGACAGACAUAGACCAUCGUCACAUUGUCCAUCAUGUGGAGUCCUUUACUGACGUGAACAACUGCUACAUAGUGAUGGAUUACUGUGAAGGUGGAGAUCUCACUGAAAAAAUUAAAGAGCAAAAAAGUAAAGACACUCCGUUCUUAGAAGAAAAGAUUCUGGACUGGUUUGUACAGAUCUGCCUGGCCCUGAAACACGUUCAUGACAGGAAAAUUGUUCACAGAAACAUAAAGCCACAGAACAUCUUUUUCACCACAAAAGAAACCAUCAAGCUGGGAGACUUUGGAGUUUCUAAAAUCCUAAACAGGAAAGAUGAAUAUGCAAAAAACAAGCCAGAAACACCUAUUUAUACCUCCCCCGAUCUGUGGAAAGAUGAAAUAUUUAAUGCAAAAAGUGAUAUCUGGGCUUUGGGUUGUGUGCUGUAUGAACUCUGCACACUUGAGUUUGCCUUUUCAGUACAGGAACAUUUCUUCUUGUUUGAGUUAUGGAGCAAGCCCUGUCCUCAGAUUUCUGAGAAUUUCUCAGUUGAGCUGCGCCAUCUGGUGGAGGAACUCCUUCAUAAGGACCCGGCACGCAGACCCACCAUUGACGGCAUACUAAAGAAAGAAUUCUUAGCUAAACGAAUACCCAGGCAGUUCUCAUUCAUGGAAGAAGCCUUGGUGGUUCCUGCGACUUUUCCACUGGAAGAACCUGGUAUUUGUGACUGGAAUAAUGAGAGACUGCCCUGUGACUCUAAAAUGGAAAAGUGUUCGGAAGAUGGAUGGAUGGGCAACAACAAAAUCCCCAUGGACAGGGAUCUGAAAAAUAUGAUGUGUCAGUUCAACCAGGAUUUUGAAACUUUUAAAAAGCUUUAUGACCGAGAUGUUGGUGAUAUCCAGAAUCUAGUGAAGAAGCUGGAGAUGACGGCAGAUGGUCUGGAACGCGUCCACUUCGGUACCACCGUAGGGAGCCUGACAGGGUCGGUGGUAGGAGCUGCAGGGGGGGUCACUUCCAUAGUUGGGCUCAUUCUGGCACCUUUCACUCUGGGAGCCUCUCUGAUUGUCACUGGUGUGGGGAUUGGUGUUGCUGUAGCUGGAGGGGCAACCAGUGCCGUUUCCAACAUCACCAACAUGGUGAACCAGUCAACGGAACGUAAGACUAUUGAGGAAACCAUUACUGAAUACCGGGAAAGGAUGGAACCCAUUCUCAUGAGUGUGGAAGGCAUCAGAACUGGCAUUGAAAACAUAAAGGAGCAUGAGAGCUACGCAAAUGUUGCUAAUAUGGCACAGGCUGCAUUUAUAGCAGGGAGGGGCCUGGGUGGCAUUGCACAGUUUUUCCGUGUGACCCAGGUGGUUAACGCUGGUAGGGUGGCUGUUCAAGCAGCCAGAGUUGUACGGGUGGCAGAGGCCUUCACAGGGGUGCUGUCUGCUCUCUUCAUUGCCCUCGAUGUCUAUUUUAUUGCCAAGGAUGCCAAAGAGAUCCACAGCAUAAGACAAGGGUCACAACAGCGAGAUAAAAUAAAAUCAGCCACAAUGAAGCUUGUAGCUAAUAUCAGGGAGAUGGUUUCUCAGUUUAUGGAGAAGCUGGGUGAGCUGGAAUGUAUAUGGGCAGAAUUUAAGAACUCAGAAUAUUUUUAAUAUUUUAAAAUGACAUCCAGUUCAAUCCAGAGUUACAUUGCAUUAUUUUCUGUAGAUAAUGUAAAAUAAUGCAAUAUAAAAUGUACUUUACUAAUAACUUGACUGCUAGCUGUUAGGAAAAGAGCUAGGAUACCUCAGUGUAACAGCGGCUGGUAAUUUGAAAACAGACAACAAAUUCUAAAAAUGGGAAAGUCAUGAAGAGAAUGGAGGUUGCAUUUAGCAUUGAUAGGUUGAUAAGGAAGUAAUUAGCCAGAGACAUGACUGAGUUACCAUUUGCUCUAGCAGGAAGUCUCCAUCCUGUCCUGCCUCAUCUCUUUAUUAGACUCCACACACUCCAGAAGGCCACCCUUUAUAUGCAAAUUAAUUGACCACCCCUACCUAGCUUGUUGGGAACAAUAUUGUUAUAGUUUUGGUUUUUUACAUUAGCUUCUAAUUUUAUUUGAUCUUCUUUUUUCAAAAUUUGAAAUCCAGUUUAGGAGCAGCUUGGUGGCAAAGUGGUUAGCACUAUUACCUCACACCUCAAGGACCAGGGCUUGAGUCUCCUCCAUGGCUCCAUGUAUGUGGAGAUUGCAUGUUUUCCUCAUGUCAUCAUGGGGUUUCCUCUGGGACCUCUGGUUUACCAUCCCCAGUCCAAAAACAUGUUGAGGUUAACUGGAGUUACCAAUUUGCCUGGAGGUGUGCAAUUGUGAAUGAAUGGUGUGUGAGUGUGCUCUGUGA